GAGCUAUCCGAAUUGACUUGGAGGUGGAGAGAAAGGUCUGCAACCCGGCUGCUUGCUCUGGGCAGGGCGGCCCAGCAGGGCGCCCCAGUGGCGGAGCCGAGUGGGUGGGGCCGUGGUGCGGGGAUCCCGGUUACGCCUCCUUCCUCUCUCGCCUUCCAGGUCCCGGGGUCCGCGAUCAGGCGGGCAGGCACUUCCCAGACUGGACGCGCUCCCAUCCGCUCCUGGGAAGCUACUGGGCAGAGCUGCCCUGAACUCGGAGCCCCGGCAUUGGCGAGCCCGGGUGCCAUUCCUGCCGCGCCGGGAAGGCGCAGAGCCGGCGCGUCCGCGGGGACUCGGGCGCCGCUGACCACCCGCGCCUCGGAUCUACGCGCCCCCCCCCCUCCCCCGAGCCCCACGCAAGGGGCGCCGGAGAGAUGGCUGCGCGCCUCGGCCUCUGGCUGCGCGUCCUGCCGCUGCUGCUGUGGGGCGGCCUGGACGCCGAGCUCACCGAGCCUGUGGGCCAGGAGCUGCGCCGGGACGCGGAGGCAUUCCUGGAGAAGUAUGGCUAUCUUAAUGCCCAGGUCCCCAAAACUCCUACUUCUAUGCAAUUCACUACUGCCAUCAGGGAGUUCCAGUGGGUGUCCCAGCUGCCUGUCAGUGGCGUGUUGGAUCCUGCCACAGUACGCCAGAUGACACGGCCCCGCUGUGGUGUAGCAGAUACUGACAAUCAGGUGGCCUGGACUGACAGGGUCAGUGCCCUAUUUGCUGGACGCCGAGCCAAAAUGAGGCGUAAGAAACGCUUUGCAAAGCAAGGCAGCAAGUGGUACAAGCAGCACCUCUCCUACCGCCUAGUGAACUGGCCCCAACACCUGCCUGAGCCGGCAGUCCGGGGAGCCGUUCAUGCUGCUUUCCAGCUGUGGAGCAACGUCUCAGCACUGGAAUUCUGGGAGGCUCCAGCCACAGGCCCCGCUGACAUCCGCCUCACCUUCUUCCAAGGGGACCACAAUGAUGGGCUGCGCAAUGCCUUUGAUGGCCCAGAACCGCCUGUAGGGGGCGCCCUAGCUCACGCCUUCCUGCCCCGCCGCGGGGAAGCCCACUUCGACCAGGACGAGCGCUGGACCCUGAGCCGCCGCCGGGGGCGCAACCUGUUCGUGGUGCUGGCGCACGAGAUCGGACACACGCUCGGCCUGACCCACUCGCCCGCCCCGCGCGCGCUCAUGGCGCCCUACUACAAGAGGCUGGGCCGCGACGCGCUGCUCAGCUGGGACGACGUGCUGGCCGUGCAGAGCCUGUAUGGGAAGCCUCAGGGGGGCUCCAUGGUCAUCCAGCUCCCAGGAAAGCUGUUCACUGACUUCGAGGCCUGGGACCCCCACAUUCUCCAGGGUAGACGCCCUGAGACCCAUGGUCCUAAAUAUUGCCAUUCUUCCUUUGACGCCAUCACUAUAGAUGAGAAACGACUAUACAUUUUUAAAGGGAGCCACUUCUGGGAGGUGACAGCUGAUGGCAAUGUCUCUGAGCCCCAUCCACUAAAGGAAAGAUGGGCCGGGCUGCCCCCCGACAUUGAGGCUGCUGCAGUGUCACUGGAGGAUGGAGACUUCUACUUCUUCAAAGGGAAUCGAUGCUGGAGGUUCCGGGGCCCCAAGCCAGUGUGGGGCUCACCACGGUUGUGUCGUGCAGGGGGCCUGCCCCGACACCCUGACGCGGCCCUCUUCUUCCCUCCUCUGAGCCGCCUCAUCCUCUUCAAGGGUCCCCGCUACUAUGUACUGAGCAGAGGGGGGCUGCAGGUGGAGCCAUACUACCCCCGAAGUCUGCAGGACUGGGGCAGCAUCCCUGAGGAGGUCAACGGGGCCCUGCCAUGGCCUGAUGGCUCCAUCUUCUUCUUCAGAGAUGACCACUACUGGCGCCUUGAUCAGGCCAAGCUGCAGGUGACAGCUUCAGGCCACUGGGCCACAGAACUGCCCUGGAUGGGCUGUUGGCACGCCAAUUCAGGGGGUGAAUUGUUCUGAAGGCAUUUCAUCUCUUAAUGAACCUCAAGAUGCCCUCACAGCCAACUGUGUCCCCUAGCCCAGGGAUGAACCUGUCUGGGGAGUCUCAGCCUCCCUGGAGAUCAGACAUGAAUAUUUCUCUGGAUUUGUCCUCUGGAGAAGGCAUCAUUCUCUCUCUGCUAUCCCCACUACAUGAGGAGAAGCUGGCAUCAGUCCAAGGAGAAACAAACCAAAAAAAAAAAAAAGGGUCCCAGGCCGUACAACUAUUUCCUCAAAGACUUUAGCCUUCCCCCAAGCCUUGGGGAUGGUGUUUCUUCCACUGAAAGUGCAAUUCCUGUCCAAGUGACUGCACUGGGCAUACAGACAGCACACAAAGCAAAACUCAGCUGAGAAGUUGGGACCACUUUGCAAGACAGUCCACCUCUCCUCAGGAUUUCCUGCUUCAGCCAGUCCUUGGAGAACUGGGCUUUAUUUUAUCAGAGGUUACAUCCAACUUGGAUGGGUUGGGUCUCCAAAAUUAAAGACUGAGGUGGAGUGGGUGUCAGGAUCCAGAGCAAGGGGUAACUGAUGCAGAACUGCUGGGCGCCACCAUUUUUGGAGUGAGACUGAAAUAAAGAGGUGCCCCCACCCAGCUGGUGGGCCUGGAAGCAGAAAUCAUCCUUCCAUGGAAUAGUUUUCAGUUUUUUAAUUAUAGAUAAUUUUAAAAAAUCUGUCUGGGGGUUGGGCGGUAGCGCAGCGGAUUAAGCACAUGUGGCACAAAGCGCAAAGACAGGCAUAAGAAUCUGGGUUCGAGCCUCUGGUGCCCCACCUGUAGGGGAGUUGCUUCACAAGCAGGGAAGCAGGUCUGUAGGUGUCUUAUCUUUCUCUUCUCCCCUCUGUCUUCCCCUCCUCUCUCCAUUUCUCUCUGUCCUAUCCAACAAUGAAUGACAUCAACAACAACAAUAAUAACCACAACAAGGCUACAACAACAAGGGCAACAAAAAAGGGGGAAAAAUGGCUUCCAGGAGCAGUGGAUUCAUGGUGCAGGCACCGAGCCCCAGCAAUAACCCUGGAGGCAAAAAAAAAAAAAAGAAAGAAAGAAAGAAAGUAAAGUAAAAUCUUGGGGCCGGUGGUGGCAUACCUGGUUGAACACACAGGUUACAAUGCACAAGGACCCAGAUUCAAGCACCCACUCUCCACCUGCAGGGGGAAAGCUUCAUGAGUAGUGAAGCAAGGCUGCAAGUGUCUGUCUCUCACCCUCUUCCCUCUUGAUUUUUGGCUGUCUCUAUCCAAUAAACAAAGACAAUAAAAUAUAAUAAUAAAGUAAAAUGUC